GCCACUUCAAUAAUGGAGAUCUUCUAUGACGAUAAUCACCAUGAUUUCUUAGAGGAACUCAUGGCUCUAAGAAGAGAAACAUUCAUGGAAACCAAUUACAACAACACCACCACUUUUCAUUCUUCUUUUCCCCCAAACUCUUCUUCUUCUUCUUCUUACCAACAAGAAGAUCUUAUUCUUCCUCAUCAAAUUUAUGACGACAACAACUUCUUCAACCAAAUAUAUGAUUCCUUGUUGUUUGACGAACAAUCCCCGCCGCCAUUGAUGAUGGAUCAUUAUUCUUCUUCCUCGUACUACAGUAAUAACACCAGCAGCAACCUUGAUUCUUAUUAUCCUCCAUUGUCGUUCAUGGAAGAAGAGGAGCUUCAGAAUUUGGAGAUUAUUGAAACUGCAACAAGGUGUAAAGUGGAGCCAGUAGUGACUGUAACUUGCUGUGAUUCUGAGUCCCCUGCUGCGAUGGGAAAUAAGGAAAUUAGAAAGAACAACAGGUCAACAAAGAAGGUUGUGGGUCAACCCUCCAAGAAUCUUAUGGCGGAAAGGAGAAGAAGAAAGAGACUCAAUGAUAGACUCUCAAUGCUAAGAGCCAUUGUCCCCAAGAUUAGUAAGAUGGAUAGAACAUCAAUACUUGGAGACACCAUUGAUUACAUGAAAGAGCUUCUAGAGAAGAUCAACAAUUUGCAACAAGAAGCUGUAAAAGUUGAAGAUUCAAACAUGGCAGGUGGCAUUUUCAAAGAUGUAAUUAAACCAAAUGAAAUCUUGAUUAGAAAUUCACCCAAGUUUGAGGUUGAGAGGGGUGUGGAUAAUACAAGGGUUGAGAUUUGCUGUGCGGGGAAGCCAGGAAUGUUGCUUUCAACAGUUAACACCUUGGAAGCAUUAGGCCUUGACAUUCAACAAUGUGUUAUAAGCUGUUUCAAUGAUUUCACAAUGCACGUUUCUUGCUCAGAGGAACCAGAGCAAAGGGCAAUGCUGAGUUCUGAAGAUAUAAAGCAAGCGUUAUUUAGAAGUGCUGGAUACGGAGGAAGAUGCUUGUGAGAAUUGAUAAAAGUUAUGAAAAAAAUUUCACAAAUUAAAUGUAUUCAAAUAGUUAAUUUAUUUAUUAAUUAGCUACAGUUUCAUGCAUUGCUUCAAAGGAGAUUCCGUUAAUGCCAAUGGAUUUUGUUGUUCUCUUCAUCUCUUGUGCCUAAAACAAGGGAUAUUUUUCUUUCUUUCUUCCCUUUUUUUUUGAGAAUUUCGCAAAAAUAUUUUCUUGAUGAGGUUAAUUACAAUUUACAAUUUAACUUGCAUAUCG